AUGAAACAUGAGAAACCGAUUAUUCAUGAGACACCUCAAGAUCAGCAAGUUGACAUUGAGGCUCAAAAUGAAUCGGGUGAAGCAAAAGGUGACAACUUCGUGGAUUUUCAAAGGAAAAACCGUAAAUACUUGACAAAAGUGACAAACAAAUCUUCGAACACACUCAAGAAUAUAAAGCUCUCAAUUUCCAAGCUCUAUGCUCCUCUGUGGGGUCUCACAAAGUCCGGUGAUACCUAUUUCUUUCCAGCAUGGAUUAACUCUUUGGCAGCUGGUAAAAGCGAGUACGUAUAUAUCCACUUGAGUUCCCCUGCAAAGCUAUACAAGACAUUCUUUUCUCCUUUUGAAGUACCAAGUUUUGAUUACUUCUUGAUUUGUGGUCGAAGUAGAGAUUUCGAUGGGAUUAUGGCUAAUAAGAUCAAGGAUCGGAAGAAGAAAGAAGUGAAGAGACGAUUUAACACAGGUGUGUUCAUCCUCUUUCUUCGCCAGUCUCCACUUCAUUGGUUACAGAGAUAA